AUGCUGUGGCUUUUUGCUUUCUUCCAACUCUCUCUCGCCCUGCCCUGGCAUGCCGCCUUGCAUGCACCAACUGCCUACCCUCUUACAGUAGUUGGCUCAUUCCCCCAGCCUCAUACGUUCGAAAACAUUGCAACCAGACACAAUGGCCAACUCUUGUUGACAUCUACCGUCUCCCCAACACUAUACCAUGUUGAUCCACUUCAAAAGAACCACAUCGCCAGUGUGAUUGGUAUACCACGGACAACCGCACUGCUUGGCAUCGCAGAAUUAGAACAGGAUGUAUUCUAUGUGGUCAGCGCAAACAUGAGCUCUGUCUCAGGAAUUCCAGGCUCAAACGCUGUUUGGAGACUCGAUAUGCGUGGCCGCAGUUCUCUCACUGAGGCGACAGAGCGACUUUCACUCGUGGCCAACAUCACCAGUGCGCAGUUGCUGAAUGGCAUAUGUCGCAUUUCAGACCAUGAUACAAGAUCACUCCUGAUUGCCGACUCUCAGGCCGGGCGCAUCUUCAAGCUAGACACGCGCACCGGUUAUUUUCAAGUUGUCAUCGAUGACGAGGUACUCAAAAAGACUCCCGAGGGAUUACAAGUCGCAGUGAAUGGGCUUCAUGUUCAAGGUUCGCAUCUGUACUUUACCAGCCUCAACAAGGGCAUCUUUGGCCGAUAUCCUAUCUCUUUAUCCACUGGUAUCCCCACCGGCCCUGUUGAAAUUAUCGCUGAGGGUGUCCGUGGUGAUGACUUUGCGGUUUCCGCAGAUGGGAAAUUUGCAUGGAUUGCCAUGAAUGGGCAGAGCUCUCUGAUUGAAGUGGACAUUUCCGCAAGAAGUGCACGAGUUGUUGUGGAGUCUGCUGCUCUGGCAUCGGCAUCAGCUGUGUCGUUUGGUCGAACCCUGUUGGACAUGAACAGUCUGUACAUUUCUUCCGCGGGUACACUGAACGCUACCACUGGCGCCAAUGCUACAGCCACCGGCGGUAUUAUCGCUAGGGUUGAUAUUUUAUAA